GGUUUUGUUCCCGUCUUGCAGUCGGAAAGCCACCACCGCAGUCUAUAGAAGAGAGACACUCUCAGCUCAGCGAUAGUGACUCGACAAUAUAGUGCAGAUCACUUUAAUCCCUUAAACCCGUCUUUCUCUUCUUUGUACAACUAUAUUAUCUCGCCAUUACUGACAUUAAACACAGCGGAAGAGCAGCGGGUUCGCACUGGGAAGGGACCGAGAAGCAUUAUUGAUGUCCAGCUCGCCGCUGUCCAAGAAGCGUCGCUUGUCAGGAACAGAGACGAAGACGGGAUCCCACUGCUCCUCCUCAAACUCUGUCAGAACUGAUCUGUCCCACACACCUGCCAACGGCAUGGCUAAGAAUGGCAACGAUGCUGAGAUCGACGAAGGCCUGUACUCCAGACAACUUUACGUGUUAGGCCAUGAGGCAAUGAAGCGCAUGCAAACCUCCAAUGUCCUUAUCUCUGGAAUGAGGGGACUUGGAGUGGAGAUUGCCAAGAGUGUAAUUUUGGGAGGAGUGAAAAGUGUCACGGUCCACGACCAAGGAGUUACAGAAUGGAGAGACCUUUCCUCUCAGUUUUACCUGCGAGAGGAGGAUCUGGGCAAGAACAGGGCAGAGGUUAGCCAGCUUCGUCUUGCCGAACUCAAUAACUAUGUUCCUGUGACUGCCUACACUGGAGCCCUCUCCGAAGACUACCUGACCAAGUUCCAGGUGGUAGUACUGACUAACUCAACUCUAGAUGAGCAGCAGCAAUUUGGGGAGCUCUGCCACAACAAUGCAAUCAAGCUGAUCAUCGCAGACACACGUGGUCUAUUUGGCCAGCUCUUCUGUGAUUUUGGUGAAGAAAUGAUAGUUUAUGACACCAAUGGAGAGCAGCCACUAAGUGCCAUGAUUUCCAUGAUCACCAAGGACAAUCCAGGGGUUGUAACGUGUCUGGAUGAGGCUCGUCAUGGCUUUGAAAAUGGUGACUUUGUGACCUUCACAGAGGUUCAGGGUAUGACGGAGCUAAAUGGCUGCCAGCCUGUGGAAAUCAAAGUUCUGGGUCCCUACACCUUUAGCAUCUGCGACACAACUGGAUUUGUGGAUUAUGUAAGAGGAGGAAUAGUCUCCCAGGUUAAGAUGCCCAAAAAGAUCUCCUUUAAAUCCCUUUCUUCCUCCAUGGCUGAGCCAGAGUUCCUCAUGACAGACUUUGCCAAGUUUGAGCGUCCAGGGCAGCUGCAUGUGGGCUUCCAGGCUAUCCAUGCCUUCCAGAAGAAAAACAACCGCCUUCCUGUUCCAUGGAGCCAGGCUGAUGGUGAUGACCUGUUGAUGUUGGCCAAGGAGAUAAACUCUGCCCAGACAGGGUCUGCGAAAAUUGAGCAGUUGGAUGAAGCUCUGAUCAAAAAGUUGUCAUUUGUUGCUGCUGGUGAUCUGGCCCCUGUCAAUGCCUACAUCGGUGGUUUGGCAGCACAGGAAGUGAUGAAGGCAUGCACAGGAAAGUUUACUCCAAUAAUGCAGUGGCUGUACUUCGAUGCCCUGGAAUGUCUGGCUGAAGAGGAAGGGGUCAUGCUCACAGAGGAAGAGUGCGCUCCUAGGAACUGUCGAUAUGAUGGGCAAAUUGCAGUUUUUGGAACCAAGAUGCAGGAUCUGCUUGGCAAACAGCGCUAUUUCCUGGUUGGAGCUGGUGCCAUUGGCUGUGAGCUAUUGAAAAACUUUGCUAUGAUUGGACUGGCCGGUGGAGAGGGUGAGGUCAUUGUGACGGACAUGGACACCAUAGAGAAGUCAAACCUCAACAGACAGUUCCUCUUCCGACCCUCAGAUGUUACGAAAAUGAAGAGUGACACAGCAGCAGCAGCGGUGAAGCAGAUGAACCCCUCUAUCAGGAUCACAGGUCACCAAAACAGAGUGGGCCCAGACACAGAACGAGUGUAUGACGAUGACUUCUUUGAAAGCCUCGAUGGAGUGGCCAAUGCACUGGACAAUGUUGAUGCACGUAUGUACAUGGAUCGGAGGUGUGUGUACUACCGUAAACCCUUACUGGAGUCUGGUACUCUGGGCACCAAAGGCAACGUCCAGGUUGUGAUCCCUUUCCUCACAGAGUCAUACAGCUCCAGCCAAGACCCACCAGAGAAGUCGAUCCCCAUCUGUACACUGAAGAACUUCCCAAAUGCUAUUGAACACACACUGCAGUGGGCCCGUGAUGAGUUUGAGGGAUUAUUUAAACAGCCAUCAGAGAACGCCAUGCAGUACCUCACAGAUCCUAAGUUCAUGGAGCGGACUCUGAAGCUUCCUGGAGCACAGCCUGUAGAGGUUCUAGAUGCUGUUUACAAGUGUCUGGUCACGGACUGUCCCCACAGCUGGGCUGACUGUGUAGCCUGGGCACGCAACCACUGGCAGUGCCAAUACAGCAACAACAUCCGCCAGCUGCUGCACAACUUCCCCCCAGAUCAGCUCACCAGCUCUGGUGCUCCUUUCUGGUCUGGCCCAAAGAGGUGUCCUCACCCCCUCGAUUUCAGUACUAAUAAUGAGCUGCACAUGGAUUACGUAUUGGCAGGGGCCAACCUGUUCGCUCAGACAUAUGGCUUGCCAGGCAGCACCGAUCGUGCUGGUGUGGUCAAGAUCUUGCAGGAGGUCAAGGUGCCACCCUUUACCCCUCGUUCUGGAGUUAAAAUCCACGUCUCUGACCAGGAGCUGCAGAAUAGUAAUUCCUCUGUUGAUGACUCAAGACUGGAGGAGCUCAAGGCCCAGCUGCCCACUUCUGAGAACUCACAGUUCAAACUCUGCCCUAUUGAGUUUGAGAAGGACGAUGACACAAACUUCCACAUGGACUUUAUUGUGGCAGCAUCCAACCUGAGAGCAGAAAAUUAUGACAUUCCCCCUGCAGACAGACACAAGAGUAAACUGAUCGCUGGAAAGAUCAUUCCUGCCAUCGCCACCACCACAUCCGCAGUGGUAGGUCUGGUGUGCCUGGAGCUCUACAAGAUCGUACAAGAUCACAAGAAGCUGGAGUCAUACAAAAAUGGCUUCAUGAACUUAGCGCUGCCCUUCUUUGCCUUCUCUGAACCUAUCGCUGCUCCCAAACACAAGUACUAUGAAAUCGACUGGACGUUGUGGGAUCGCUUUGAGGUCACAGGUGUGCAGUCCAACGGGGAGGAGAUGACACUCCAAAAGUUCCUUGACUACUUUAAAAACGAGCACAAGCUGGAGAUCACCAUGCUGUCUCAGGGGGUGUCCAUGCUCUAUUCCUUCUUCAUGCCUGCUGCCAAGCUCAAAGAAAGACUGGACCUACCGAUGACAGAGAUCGUGACCAAGGUUUCCAAAAAGAAGCUGGGCAAGCACGUGAAGGCGCUGGUGUUCGAGCUGUGCUGCAACGACCUGACGGACGAGGACGUGGAAGUGCCGUAUGUCAGAUACACCAUUCGCUGAGCUUCACACUGAACCCACCUAUGGGAAGGUGUGAUUGCCGGGGGUGGGUGGUUGUUUAAAAAAAAGAAAAAAAAGUGAGCAUUUGAGGUGGGUUGAGUUGUUGGGGGUGGGUGGGUUGAUCCAGGUCAGGUCAGAGUGUACAUAGCCCCAGUAAGCUUGACCUAAGGGAACCCUGUAUUGUUAGGAUCCAGUGGGUGCUGGACUGUGGGAACACUGGCGUCACUGGAGGGGAGGGAGCAUGUUUUACUGGACCUCCUGAUGUCUCUCUGCAGCAGAGCCUCUGCUCAGUAUAAUUCCAAGCCUUCGUGUUCUCCUGGUACUCCAUCGCUCGGCAAAUGUCGCACGGUUAGUCAUCGGCAGUAAGGGAUCUUUUUUCUUUUUAAAUCACUCCACUCUUCUCUUCCCCUCUCCAUCUUGUCACAUGUUCAAAUAAUGCAAAUGUUGAUUCAAUUGACUGCUGUGGGGGAUUCAAAGUAGAGAUUUGACUUCAGGGCAAAAUUGAUUCUCAGUACAUGUGUAACUAUCCGAAAUUCAACCCCAGACCCUGAAUUUAAAACUAUAGGAACACCUUAAAUUGGACCUCUGGACUGGAUUCUUACCUAAAGCCACCGCAUUAGCACUCUGUGACUGAGCAGCUCUUGCACAAGACAUCAGUUCUCCUUUAUAUUUCAUUUUUUUGGGGUGGGGGGUGGGGUCUUACCAGAGUUCAAGAACGGUCUGGCACACAACUUGUAGAUCAUAAACUCUUUCUACCUUGUUAACUUCAAACAACAUUACAGUGUACAAGCAAAGCAAUGAGAUGUAUCUUGAAAAUGCGAGCACUUAGUGUGAUUAGUGAAUAAACAUGUUAAGAAGA